AUGGUUCUUGAAGAGCAAAGGUUUAUUCAUGAGGAUCUUGAGAGGCUAGAGCAAGCAAUUGCGGAUCGCGUUGCUGAAGAACCUCGUAAUAUUCGCGAACGUCUAGCUUGCGAUCAUGAGAUUGCCCAUUUCUUGGCACGCAUAGAAGAGCAGUCGAAGAAACUGCUCGAGAUCUAUCAGGAUGCGGACAAGUCUCGCGAGAAGGAAAUCCAGACAAUCUCGACUGGCGAUCAAUUCGAAGAGUUCUAUCGACAGUUGAAUGAGGUUAAAGACUUUCACAAGCGCUAUCCCAACGAGCCGGUUGAGAACCUGGAACGAGCGUACAAGCGCCGCCAACCUGGAGAAGGAGAGCCGACGGGAAUGGAAAUCGACACAAUGUUCACUGGUGAGGAGGGCUAUGGGCAGUUUCUGGAUCUCACGACAUUGCAUGAGGACUAUUUGAAUCUCCCUGGGGUCAAGCGACUCACAUACGUCCAAUACCUCGACGUAUUCGACUCCUUCGUGCCCCCACAUCUCCUCAUCAAACGAGCAAAUAAGAUAUCGGAUAAAUACUUCCAGUAUGUCGGGGAGCUCGCCAAUUACUUGGAAAGUUUCGUCAAGCGCACCAGGCCUUUGCAGGAUCUGGAUAAACUCUUUGCUAGUUUUGACGACGAUUUCGAGAAGCAAUGGGCAGAAAACAAAGUUCCUGGCUGGACGGAUGAGAGCACCGAAAACGACACUCAGGGGCCAAAGACACAGGGGUCAGGCGAGGGUAUCUGGUGUGCGGACUGUGAAAGAGAGUUUAAGAAUGAGAACGUCUACAAGAAUCACUUGACUGGCAAGAAGCACAUCCGCGCUGCGGAAGCUCGCAAGGCUGCAGGAGAGUCAGGUGCAGCCGCGCCCCCUUCAUCCGGUGGCGUUAGAUCUGUGGCCCAUCACUUAAAGGAGCGCGCGGUUGCUGAGCGAGAGCACCGCACUCGCUCCUUAGCCAAAUUCCUCGACUCCGAACGGCAGGCGACACGUAUCAACGUUGAGCGAAGGCAAGGUAUGACCGAGCGCGAGCGCCAAAUGGAGCUCGAGGCUCUGCUAGCCGAGUCUGAGAACGCUGGCGGUCCUGGGCGCAACGAUCAAUCCGAUGAUGAGGAUGAGGAGAGGAUUUACAACCCGCUUAAAUUACCACUUGCUUGGGAUGGCAAGCCUAUCCCCUACUGGCUUUACAAGCUGCAUGGCUUGGGCGUGGAAUACUCCUGUGAGAUUUGUGGAAACUUUGUCUACAUGGGCCGCCGAGCUUUCGAUAAGCAUUUCUCCGAGGCGUUGCACAUCUUUGGCCUAAAAUGCCUGGGAAUUACAUCGAACACGAAUCUCUUUCGAGAAAUUACUCGGAUUGAAGAUGCCGUCAGACUCUGGGAGAAGCUUGAACAAGACCGCAAGAAGGAACGAGACUCCCGCGAGAAUGUCGUACAGAUGGAGGAUGCAGAGGGUAAUGUGAUGCCAGAAAGGAUCUACCUCGAUCUUCAAAAACAGGGUAUCCUAUGA